GGUAACUAAUGGGGAUUGUGAGAAAGUUCCCUACUCCCCGCGUGGGGGUCGCGGUAUAAAAGGGGUUGGAGCGGACUGGAGCCUCGCAAUCGAAGUACAGCAGAGCUGCCGUACGGACUACGCACAGUCGGGCAAUAGUACAGCAGAGAUGUUCGGGACAGCUGCGUGGGCGUUGCUGGCGUUGGUCGGGGCUUCAGUGGCAUCACCCGACAAAGGCUUUAUCCAAGUGGCUCCGUCAUAUGGACCUCCUCCACCAUCUUAUGGACCUCCUCCACCUUCGUAUGGACCACCACCAGCUGUGUCAUAUGGCGCUCCCCCUGCUCCGUCGUAUGGACCUCCCAAGAAGGCUCAAUGUUAUCCCAAAGAGAUCUGGAAGACCAUGACGAAGGACGUCCAGGGAACUUCUAUGUAUUAUGAGACUCUCACCAGAGAAGUGCCGACCACCAUCUUCGCUUACAUCACCGAGACCAAAGUCGCUCCUAAGACAAUCGUUCUUUACUCCACCAUGACUGCCUACGCAGAACCAAACAUUUACACCGAAACCAAAAUCUUGUACGAUACCAAAAUGGUGACCGUGCCUGUAUACAUGAUUGAGAGUAAAUACGGUUACAACACAGCAUCUGAGUACUUCACUGAGACCGUCGCUGUUUACGUAACAAAAACAAUUACACAAAGUUAUCCUAUGACUAACUACGUCACGAAAACUGGUUACGAAACCAAAGGAUACUACGUUACGCAAACCAAGGUACAGAACAAGUACGUUACUCAAACCGUCAAGAAUCCUUACUACGUAACAAACUACGUGACAGAGACCAAGCAAGAUUAUGUGUACAACACCGUCACCGAGACAAUCAAUCAGUACGUCACCAUGUCGGUUUAUCAAACCAUCCCAGAGUACCACACGGUCACGAAAUGCGACUAUGCACCUGCUCCAAUGAUGUACGGUGGAGGCGGAUACUAAACGCCUCCUUGUGUCCAGAGUUUAAAAAAUUAGCAGCUAAGCGAUCGCUUAUUUUACCAAUGAUGCUCAAACUAAAUCGAAACAUGGAUGAAAAAUCUUUUAUCGCCAAUCUGUCUGGAGGCUUUCUUCGCCCAGUUAGUCUUCAUGUCGUAGGCGAUUGAGAUUCUCUCCUCCAGAGCCGGAAGAUGGUCUAAGUUUAAGGUCGAGAUGUCUGAACCCUUGGCCUCGCGAAGAUAGUUCAUGAUGUAUUCCCUUUAGCCACGACCUCCCUCGACGCCCGUCAGCUCUGCCCGAACACCUGUCUGUACGCCCGCCGCCUGCGGGACGGACAGGCCUGACAUCGCCUGCCGUCUCGCCGGGACCAGAAGAUCGGUCCCAAAACCGGAUAAGGAGCUGCCCACUCCCAUCUGGUUUCCUGACCACCAAGAUCGGUCAGGGAUUGUCAUUUAUUUCUAAGUCCUUGAAGAAGAUAUCACUAAUAAAAAUGGAAAACAAUA